AUGUACAUUUGGGUUGUUGCCGUAUUGCCGGUGAUCUUAGUGUCAGCCAAUACAGAAUCACGGUCUUAUAACUCAGCGCCAAACACACAGACCAAUUAUAUAAUCACAUCGAAGCCAUUCACCGUUAGAGAUGAUGCGAAUGCAGGGACAAUAAAAUGGAGGCGUGACACGAUAACCGGAGCUUCACUUAUCGGAGCAUCAGAUCCGGCUAAAAUGAAAUAUUCAAUAGAGUGUACGGAUAACAACGAGUGCGCGGGGAUUGAGCUGGGAGGAUCUGAUGCCACCUUCAAACCGUACACCCAGGAUGAAUUAAACCGAAUACUUAAACGUUAUGGUGAAGCAGACAGCGAGCCUGAAUCGUCGGACAAGAUAUUAUCGUACGAAGAUAGUGGAAAUCAAGAUAAAUCCAAGGCAUCUUGGAAUUUAGUAGAUCCACAACAGAGUCCGAAAAAUCCAUACGACGAUCGACGUGGGUGGGUCACAUUGGAACCAAUGGCUUGGUCGUCGUCGCACAUCCAGAAAUGGGAACCAAACAAUCGCCCCACGUGGCCGCCACCACCCCAAGACCACACACAAGCCAGCUAUUCUCCAUGGGCCAGUAACAGGCCUAUACAACGACCCAGUAAUAAUUAUCAUCAGCCCCAACAGCAGCAAUCUGAAUGGACCACUGAGCGCCCUUGGAUUCGACCAACUUACGACUAUUCUUCCAAGCCAUCACAAGCGUCUAAUUAUCAAAAACCGUCGGCACCUCAUAACUCUCAGAGCUUUUAUGGAUGGAACAAUGCAGAGCAAGAUAUAAUUACGGAUGGUAAACCGGGACAAUUUCCUGCCGACGCUUAUCACAAACCGUGGAACGGUGACUAUGGACAGACAUCUUAUGGUGGCCCGAGACCCACAGAAGCCGAAGGGGAUGGACAAUGGGUGCUUUUAUCCAGCACUAAAGGUUAUUCUAUCCCACAUCGACCUAAUAGAAGCCUACAAGGAAGGUCGAUAUCCAUUGACACGGUCAACAAACCGGUUGAAACUGUAAGUAGAUCAGAUGAAAUGACUGGUCGAUCAGCGGAUACGGUAAGCCGACCGAUAUCGUCCAAAAGAACUGUACGAUUAAUGGUUUUGCCACCGGAUAAAGAUUCAAAAAAUGUAACUACAUCGCACAAUGGCAUGAUCGAGGUGGAUGUUUCAAGGAAAUCAGUGGAUCAAGAACAAAGGGAGUUUGCAGCUAGGGCACUUAAGGAAAAUGAAAAUGAUGUGCAAGUGUUUUCUGACAGAUCAGCUAAGUCCAACGACGAGCGAAGAGCUAUGUUGGCCGCAGUAGGCGCUGGAAUGCUACCAGCUGCUACCAUGGCAAUGUUCCUGCCAAUGAUGGUUAACAGAAAACGCAGGGAUCUUACGACUAGACCAGAAGUAGUAAUGCAUCAUCACGUAUAUCCUAGAUAA